AUGGAUCCGAGCUACAAGGCUCGAAAAGAGGCCUUUGUGUCGAACCUAGCGGGGAGCAACAUUGCCGAUAUCAACGCUGUCUCUUUCGUCGCGUCGGCAUCCGUUCUUCUGUGGUCUGCUCUUCAGUCCCGACUAUCCUUCUUCACACCAUACAGCCCGGCCGCGCUGUUGACAGACUUCAUCCUCAAUGUGCUGGCGAUUCUAUUCGCGACAACCGCUUACUCCUCCGCGCCCGUCCUCCUCAACAUCUUCUUGAUCACGCCCGCCGUCCUUCUGUACCUCACCCAACCCCCUCAGCGCUCUCAGCAAAAAGCGAAGCCUCCCCGCAACGCAGUUGGCAAGGAUGAUCGUUUCCAGGACGAAGGAUCACUCCCCGUCCACCCGUUCCUGACGACCUACCGGGCAGCUAUGAUGGUCGUCACCUGCGUGGCAAUUCUCGCGGUUGAUUUCCGAGUGUUUCCGCGCCGCUUCGCGAAGGUGGAGAAUUGGGGAACAUCGUUGAUGGAUUUGGGGGUGGGUUCCUUCGUCUUCUCAGCUGGCGUGGUAUCUGCGCGCGCCAUUUUGAAGAGCCGUGCCCAGUCUAAAAAGACUCCGUUCAUUGGGCGACUCAUGAACUCCCUGCGUCACUCGAUUCCUCUGCUUGUACUAGGUGUCAUUCGCCUCUGGAGUGUAAAAGGCCUGGACUAUGCGGAGCAUGUGACUGAGUAUGGAGUCCAUUGGAACUUCUUCUUCACUUUGGGCUUUCUCCCCCCGUUUGUUGAGAUUUUUGACUCUUUGACGGCCUUGAUUCCAUCCUAUGAAGCCCUGGCCGUUAUUAUCUCUAUCAUUUACCAGGUUGCUCUCGAGUCUACCGAGCUCAAGAGCUACAUCUUGAUCUCUCCCCGAGGCCCAGAUCUAUUGUCCAAGAACCGUGAAGGUGUCUUCUCGUUCCUGGGUUAUCUAGCCAUCUUCCUCGCUGGCCGAGGUGUCGGCACUCGCAUCAUUCCCAAGGGCACAUCCGCCACCAAAACCCCGCAGCAGGCACGGAGGUCUGUGCUGGUGAGCUUGGCUCUUCAGGUGAUGUUCUGGUCGACCAUGUUCUUCUUUAACUCUUCCUAUGCAUUUGGAUAUGGAGCGAACAUCUUGGUCUCGCGCCGGCUCGCCAACAUGCCUUAUGUCUUGUGGGUUGCAGCCUUUAACAAUGCGCAGAUCCUGCUGUUUUGUCUGGCCGAGACUCUGUUCUUCCCAUCUGUUCACCGAGCUACCAGCAAGGAAGGAGAGGAGGGGCGAAAUGCCUUCGCGACCAGCCGCAUUCUUCACGCAUUCAAUCGUGGUGGUCUGGCGAUCUUCCUGGUUGCCAAUCUCCUGACUGGCGCGGUCAAUCUGAGUAUUCCAACGUUGGAUGUGAAUACGCCGCUGGCGAUGGCCAUCUUGAUCGUAUAUGCGGCGAUAUUGACUGGCCUUGCUCUGGUUAUGGACAAGUUCAAUUUUAAACUACGCCUGUAG